AUGGCGACUGAACAGUUGACCUUUGACGGCCAAGCGACCAUCGUCACCGGCGCGGCUGGAGGCAUGGGAUAUUAUCAUGCCACGGUGCUCGCCCAGCGAGGUGCCACCCCUGCCAUCGUCGGCAUCAAUCCCGACGCAGCGAAAGCUGCAGUGGCCAAGAAUUGCAUUCUUCAGCGGCAAGGCUAUCAGUUUCGUUGCGGACGACUCAUCGGCGUCAGCUUGCACAGAUAUCGUGGCAAAGUCUUGGAAACCUUUCAGGACAUCUCAGAGACUGAUAUUGCACGCAUUAUUGGUGUCCAUUUCAAUUCGGCAUGGACUCUCUGUCAAGCGGUGUAG